CCUCAGUCUCAAGCUCUCUAUAACUCUAGUCAAGCGUCCGCAUGCACUUCUCUUUUUCCGAACCCAAUCAAGCAAACAAUGUCUGCAACACUCGGAACUGGAAACGGAGCUAAACCCAGCAAAACUCCUAACCCUUACUUCAUCAGUCCCAAGAAUCCCAAAAAUGUUCACCAUAUUGCAGGGAUUCCGGUGGAAUUCCCAUACAAGCCGUACGGGACGCAGCUUUCCUUCAUGUACAGAGUCAUAUCAACCCUAGAUCGAGCUCAGAAAGACGGCCAUUGUCAUGCCUUGAUUGAAUCGCCCACUGGUACCGGUAAAUCACUAUCGCUUCUUUGCUCCACUCUUGCUUGGCAGAAAAACUAUAAGAUCAAUAACAUCAAAGGCAUUCUGUCUCAAUCCAUCCCGGAUCCAGAGGCCGUCACUGAUCCUCUCGGUCAUGGCGGUGGUUUUAUUCCCGAAACACAACCUUCAACUUCAAGCAUUCCUUCAUCAAGCAUUUCAGAGUCACCUCAGAAUGCUGCAAAUAGCAAGAAUAAGAAGAAAAUGUUGGCUCCUACCAUAUAUUAUGCUUCGAGGACUCAUUCACAAAUUUCUCAAGUGAUUCGUGAAUACAGGAAAACUUCUUAUCGAGUUCCCAUGGCAAUAUUGGCUUCAAGGAAACAUUAUUGCACAAAUCCUCAUGUCUCCAAGGAGAAUAUUGAUGAAGAAUGCAAGCUUCUGUUGAGUCAAGAGGAAGGAUGCUUUGAAUUUAAAAAUAUGCAUAAGGUCAAAUGUCAUCCCUCAGUUCAGAAAGGAGGCUGUCAUGAGGCCCAUGAUAUUGAAGAUAUUGUCAAAAUUGGACAAGUUGUUAAAGGAUGUGCAUACUAUGCUGCACGUUCAAUGGCAGAUGAUGCACAAUUGAUUUUUUGCCCGUAUAGCUACAUUAUCAAUCCUGUUAUUCGAGGGGCAAUGGAUGUAGAUAUCAAAGGAGCCAUUAUAGUUCUUGAUGAAGCUCAGUUGAAUAUCAAGAGUUUCUUUUGUUACAGCAAUUUAGAGGAUAUUGCUCGUGAAGGUGGUAGUGUGGAUCUUGAAGAAGAUGCUUUGCACAAAUUGCAGAUGGAGCUUCAUCAACUCAAGAUGAUCAAGGCUGACGUUUACCAACCAUUGUCUGAAAUGAUAAUGAACCUAAUAAGUUGGAUUGAGCAGACAAAGAGCAAAUUAGAAGCAACAAAUGAAUCUAAGCACUACUUCUCCUCCUGGACCGGUGACAAGGCGGUAAGGCAACUCCAAGAAGCUAACAUUUCACAGCAAUUCUUCCCUGUCUUGCUAGAAUGUGCAACAAAGGCAAUCAGAGCUGCUUCAGAUACAGAAUCAGAUGUACUUCAUUUAAGUGGCAUGUCUGUCAUAACCUUGGAAGGGCUGUUCUCUUCACUGACAUAUUUCUUCUCAAGAGAUGGUUCUCACAUUUUUGAUUAUCAGCUUGCUCUACAACGAUAUUUUAAAAAAGAUGAGAAAAAUGCUUCUGGCAGUUGGACAUGUUCAUUAGGUUUGUGGUGCUUGAACCCGUUCGUUGUAUUCAGAGAUGUAUCUGAUCUUUCGUUAUCAGUCAUCUUAACUUCUGGGACAUUAUCGCCAAUGAACUCCUUCUCAUCUGAACUUGGCGUGCAGUUUGGAAACUGUUUGGAGGCUCCUCAUGUUAUUGAUAUCAAAUCCCAGGUAUGGUCUGCUGUAAUCUCCCAUGGUCCAGACAAUUACCAAUUGGAUGCAAGUUACAAAACAGCGGAUCAAUAUGCUUUCCAGGACUCACUUGGCAAAUCCUUGGAAGAAAUUUUCAAGAUUGUUCCAGGUGGCUGUCUGGUUUUCUUCCCAAGUUACAAGCUGAUGAAGAAGCUUUGUGAUCGUUGGCAUAACACAGGCCAAUGGUCACAACUUAAAGCACGAAAGCCCCUUUUUGUUGAGCCAAGAGGGGGUAAUCAGGAAGAAUUUGAGACUGUUCUGAAAGGUUAUUAUAAUUCAGUAUCUCGAGUCAAGAAACCUGUUCUUCGGAAAAAGAGAAGGAUAAAAAGAACAGAUGACAAUGUGGUUGAGUCUGCAGAAGUUACUAGCCCCAGAGGGGCGGCUUUUCUUGCAGUUUUCCGAGGAAAGGUGUCAGAAGGCAUAGAUUUUUCUGAUGAUAAUGCUAGGGUGGUUAUAGCUGUUGGCAUUCCCUUCCCGAAUAUAAAUGAUAAACAGAUCGAGUUAAAGAAGAAAUAUAAUAAUACUUACAGAUCAUCUAAAAACCUUCUGAGUGGAAAUGAGUGGUACUGCCAGCAAGCCUUCAGAGCUCUAAAUCAAGCUCUUGGGCGCUGUAUACGCCAUAGAUAUGAUUAUGGAGCCAUCAUCCUACUAGAUUGGCGUUUUCAGGAUGAAAAGAAUAGAGCACAUAUUUCGAAGUGGCUAAGGCCAUCCAUUAGAAUGUAUGGAAGUUUUGAGAAGUCAUUGGACGAGCUGAGAUCCUUUUUCAGAGAAGUCAAGGACUUGGUUUCCAAGAACAAGCAACUAUCUUCUUUGGCAAAAUAUGAUACCACUUUUCCCCAAAUGAAGCCUCAAAGUGAUAUUGCAGCUCAGACAAGGGUUCAAGCAGAUAAGGACGAGAAGACCUGCACUGAAUGUGUUGAUCUAGAAUGCAACUCACCAAAAGAUUCAGGGUGUUUUGAGGCUUCAACUAUGACAUUCUCCAACGAAGAUCAAGAUUUGCUCGUGGUCAAGGAAACGCCAGUUGUCAAUGCUGGUAUCUGUGUAGCUAGUCCAGGUUCCGUAGCCAAGGAUGCUAACUCUGGUUCAACUAUAAUUCAGGCCUCAACCAACUCUCCGGAUCAAUUUCUGUUUCAUCCAAUGUCUUCAACAAGCCCGAACGAAGUUCCUUCUGUUUUUGAAUCAACAAUCACCCCUGGAAAAGAUGCGGAUCAGAACACACCAUUGAAUCUCAGUGUUUGUUCAUAUAUGCAGAAAAGGAGGAAACCCAUAAGUUCAACUUUUAUUAACCUUGUUGACGAAGAAAACAGUGAUAUUUCUGCUCAAAUUCCAGGUUCCACGAAUUUUGAGGGACUAACCAAUGGAGAUAUGCUUCGCAGAAUUGAUUUUAGUUUUGAAACUAGUUCAGCUGAAAACGAUUAUCCUAAGGAGACAAAUGUUCCACGGCCAUUAGCUACUGGUAAUACGAUUCCGGUUAUGGAUAAAAGAUUACAGAUUUUCUGUUUACUCUGCAGAAGUCCUUUAGGUCGCCCUGAAAAUAAUUUGUAUCUCAGUUUCUCACUGACUGUGUCCUCAAAAGUCUACUUGUUAUCUCUUUUCAAAGAGAGAUUAACUUCUUGUGAUUCAAAUACGCCACCAACUGUACCGGUUAUAGUAACCGAUAUUUCAUCAGUUGAUCCAAGACUUUGCAAUGGAACUCUUGAAGGUGAUCGAGACCAGGGCACUUGGCGUGAAGAAGACGGGUGUGUAUUCAAAAAGGUCUUUUGCCCCUUCUGCACUAACCCUAACAAUUGUCUUGGUGUGCAAAUCAAAGCAGCUGAUGAAAAGAAUGUGCAGUUACUAAACAAGAUAAUGCUUUACCAUGGAAGUGUGGUAAUUGGACAUUCUGAAGCAGCAGGUGACCAGGCAGCAAAGGAUAAGGAUUUGCUACAGGUGAAUGGCUCAAUCACAAAGAAGACUACCAUUUUAAAAUCCAUUGAAAAAUUUGCAUAUUCUCCCAAGCAAACAGACUUGGGAGGAUGGAGGACUACAAAAUCGAAGCUAAAACUUUCCAAGAAAUAGUGUUGGGCAUGAACAUGUCAAUUGCACAUAAGUCAAAUUUGUUCUUUGUGAAACCCUCCAUUGGGGAGAUGCUCCCGGGGUGGGGGUGGGGUGACUAGGGAGAUGUACAUUUGGUGAGUUGAGUAUUUUUUAGUCUGAUAAAAUACCUUAGAGCAAGCCAGCAGAAAUUAUGGGCUUACCAUAUCCAAGUCUAAUUUAUGAAGCUGAGAUUGCUGUCCUGUCCGUUUAAUAGGGCAUAUAUGUACAUUUUUUUGGGGCGUUUUAGUUUUGGUUUCAUCUAUUUUGUUUCCACA